AAAGAGGUAGCCAUAACUGAUCUGGAAUACAAGAGAGAUUUCCCCAAAGACUCUUGGUCGAUGAAAUGAAUAAUUAGGUAUCUAGUUGGUUAUCAUUGCAAACACGCUCCUGGUCUUGUUGGAUGCCAAGUUAUGGGCAUUGGCAGUGGAUCCGUGCGAGUGGCCACGGAGCUGAGACGGGUUUCUGGAUUGGAGACAUCAAAGAAAUAAAAUCUGGCCGGAUCGCCCGUCCACGCUCACCUCCAAGCAUCCAUAACCGCUCGCUAGAACCGACAAACUUGCACCGCGCAUCUCCAUACGCAGUCACAUCUGUCACUAUGGGUCUCAGUCCACAAAUCACCAACCUGAUCAUCAUCCUCGGGAUGAUGCAGGUCGCCAAGAAGAUUCCCUUCGAAGACGAGUCUGUUCUCAACCUCUGCCGCGCCGGCUACAUUGCCAGCAACCUGAUCAUUCUGAGCAUCUACCUCUACAUCCAGAACACCAUCAAUAAGAAGAAGGAUCUUACCACGCUCAAGUAUGUCGAACCCGCGCCAAUGGGCUCCAGCGAGGAGGGCAAGCUCGUCACCACUACGGUCCAGGCCUACGACCUCGCCCAGCUCAAGAACUUGAUGCGCUCCCAGAUGAUGGGUGUCCUGAUGAUGGGGGUGAUGCACCUGUACUUCAAAUACACCAAUCCCCUCCUCAUCCAGAGCAUCAUCCCUCUCAAGGGCGCCCUCGAGGCCAACCUCACCAAGAUCCACGUCUGGGGCCAGCCCGCAUCUGGUGAUCUCAAGCGCCCAUUCAAGCAGGCUGCCGGCUUCAUGAGUGGUCUCCAGAACGGCUCUGCCCAGAGCGACAAGAAGGCUGUCGAGUCGGCCGAACGUGCCGGCCGUGGUGGCGCCAAGGAGGAGUAG